AUAAAAACAUGAAAGGUCAUGACUGUUUGUGUUUUAUCAGCUUAGAAAUAUUAUGUUUGUUGAUCAGAUCACACUUCAUGACCAAUUUAUGCAGCAAGGCGGACUUUUCCAUUAGGGAAUGGUAGGCAGUUGCCUGGGAUACUCAACUAAAAGGGGCCCCAGAUGUCAGAAAUGUACUAUGAUAUUUAAACUAUAGUUGUCAAAUUAUUUUCUUAUUCAGAGACGCAUAUAACUUUUUCUUUAAUAACUUACGGUGCAGUCAAAGCACAUCCCCCCCCCCCAUUACAGCCACAUGGACUAUUCCAUUUCUGGACGUGACACUGCGACUGCGCACCAAAUGUAAACACGGUAUUCAAGUUGUAACUAUAUCGCCCAGUAGGAAUCUGAGCAGCGGAACGGAAAGUGAAUCAUCCCAGUGAGAAUUCUCGGAAAAUGGAAAAACACCAAUACAGCUGAAGAAAACUGCAUCUGGGGAGCCAGAAGGAGAGGUAGCAACGUACUGGUCUGGUUAGCAGUUCUCCUCAGGCAAACAAUCAACAAGGUGCAGCAUGCUGGCUGCUGUGAGAGCCGCACAACAUUCCCUCAGAAACCUCAGGGGUAUUUCUGACUCUGCUCUUGCCUCAGGAUUCCAGCAGGCUAAUGUCGUCAUCCUGCCCAAUCAUCUGGCCAAGGACUUUGAGGGCUUCUGUUAUAAUAAUCCUGCCCCCUUACCACUCCUUUAUCGCAGCCAAUCAGGAGAGACUUCUUGUCCACCUCUGGCUAGACAUGCUGACAUAAGGACAGACAUUUCUCAGUACUGUGUAUAUGAGGAGGGUCACCUGGUGAAAACAGUUUCCAGUCUGGAGAGUUACACCAGUCAACUAAGGACAACAUCAGGGCAGGAGGCUGUGCACCAUAGCCAUCAGUGGUCAGACAUGGUGUGUUUCUAUCUGGGCUGCAGUUUUGGCUUUGAGAGCAGAUUGAAGAAAGCUGGAGUCCCUGUCAGGAAUGUGGAGCAGGGCAGAAACAUCAGCAUGUAUAGGACUGCAGUUCCCUGUAUUCCUGUCGGAGUGUUCAGCUGUCCUCUAGUGGUCACUAUGCGUCCUAUUCCAGCUGGUAUGCUGAAUGCAGCAGUGGAGGUCACUGAUCUUAACCCACUAGCACAUGGAGCUCCUGUACACAUAGGAGACCCAGCUCUCUUAGGCAUACAGGACCUAUCCAGACCAGACUAUGGGGAGCGAGUAGAGCUACAGCCUGGUGAUGUUACAGUCUUCUGGGCCUGUGGAGUAACUGCUAUAGAGGCAAUACUCAGCAGCAAGCCUGCUUUGGCUUUCAGUCACUCGCCAGGCUGUAUGUUCCUGACAGACAUCCCAGAUUCCUCUGUUCCUAUAACCUGUUCCUCUGAGAGCGCGGCCUCUCCGUACACCAAACCCAAUUCAGAGCUGAUCCCCAUCUGUUUCCUGGUAUCCCACAAUCCCUUGUUGUACAGCCUGGCAUCUCAGAAGGCAGUGGCAAGGAUCAGAGAGUUGGAGAUGAUUAUUGGAGAGGACCCAGGUCAGCGAGGGAUCAGAGCUUUAUUGGUUCAGGAUGAACUUCUGCACUCCUGUCUGGCACUCUCCCACUCCUCCUCUGUUGCCAUAACAACUGGCUUCCCCACGCACUACAUGCACAGCCCUCCUGAUGAGACAGAUGGCCCACCUGGAGCCAUUGCUAUAGCAACCAUGCUUUUGGCUCUCGGGAAACAGGUGACAAUGGUGACGGACAGGAGAGCCUUGGAGAUGAACCAGGCCAUCAUUGCUGAAGCUGUGAAGACAGGUGUGCUGAAAACUGCAAUCCCAUUGAUCACUUUUGAAGACAGUGGGCCAGACUCUGCUCUGCACUUCCUGUGUCACCACGGAGACCAGAGCAAGCCCAGGUAUGACCACCUUGUGGCGAUAGAGCGCAGUGGACGUGCUGGGGAUGGAAAUUACUACAACAUGAGAGGAAUAAAUAUCAAACAUCUGGUGGACCCCAUUGAUAACUUGUUUAUUGCUGCCCAGGAUAUACCUGGAAUUACCACUACAGGAAUCGGUGAUGGUGGUAAUGAAUUGGGUAUGGGCAAAGUGAAGGAGAAGGUGAAGAGCCUGAUGCCUAAUGGGAGUCUCAUAGCCUGUGAUGUUCCUGCUUUUUUUUUGCUGGCUGCAGGAGUGUCGAAUUGGGGAGGAUAUGCUGUGGCCUGUGGGCUCCAUCUGCUCCACACCUGCCCCUCACAUCAGCGGUACCUAAAGAAAGGCCUAGGAAUGGAAUACACACCAGCCCGAGAACAGCUGCAGGACUGGACUGCUAACCUGCCGUCUGUGGACAAGGAAGAGUCCUUCCUGUCCACUCUGGUGCGUUUUGGAAUACGAAGUGGGAAAACGGGUCACCUGGCUAUGGAGGUGGAUGGUUUGACCUUUCACCCCACACACUCUGACAUAAUCACCAGACUACUGGAAGUCACACUAGGUUCCACCUCACAAGACCCUUGAUUCAGGCCUCUCAUCUCUUCUGCCUUGGUUACUUUUCAGCCAGCCUUGACCGCUGACCGGCCAGUGACAGAAUGACAGACCAGCUCUCGUUUCUCUCUCUCCUUCACUCUCCCUCUCUCUGUCAGGCUCUUUGCUGCCUCAGCAGUGAAUAAAUCACAGCUCUGGUACUGUUUUCAGUGCUUUAAAAACAGGCUUUGGAAGAUGACACAGCAAUGUGCUGUUGGUGUAAAGAGUCUUUUGCAUAAAUGUUAUUGUUCUAAUCUAAUUUUAAUGCUCUAAUCUGUUUAUCCUUUAAAAUGGACUUAAUGACUGUCUUAGACACUUAGGUAUUUACACAUGCUAGUAGCGGUUGUCUGGACAGUCCCCAAGUAUAAUACCAUGUGGUAUUGUCGCACAUGGCUGUAAAGAUGAUACUGUAUGAGCCUGGCAGCUUUGACAUUGUCUCGAGUUGUUAAGUUCUGUGGUUACCAUGCCUGAGAUUUGGAGUUGUAAUACUGAAUGAAGUAGUGUACCUUUAAGAUGGGUACAGUUUAAUUGCAAAUGAUACACUGUGUGAGGUUCACUUUGAACAACGGUCAAUAUGAAGUACUAUUAAAGGGCAACACACACUAGUGGCAUUGCUUUCAGUGCAAGCCCACUCACCGGCUGCAUACUGCCAUGUCAACCCACGAUGACACACGUCAACGAAACAGGAUACGCCAUUGACACACGUCAAAACAAUGAAAUACUGAAAUUCUUACCCAUGCUGGUGGUGAAUUUGCACUGCUCCCGCUUCCAAAACCUCUUUAGGAUUAUGGAAAUCUUGGGUUUUACUUUUUUUUUUUUUUAAAGUCUGAUAGGUUCUGGUCACAUUAUUAAUCAUGACUCAUGAGAUUGGGCAUUGUAUGAGCAAAUACUAGAAAGAGGUCAAAGGUGUCUGUAGACAGCUAACAUUGCUGCUUUUCAGAGUGUUUCAUGUGAAUUCAGGCAAAAACACUUCUUACCACCAUAAGACAUUUUGAUACUACAAGAAUGUUGCGAAAGUCGCAGAGAAAUAUGAACUGAAAGCAUUCCACUGACUGCUUAGCAACAAAUUCCCAUUAAUAAUUUAACCCUGGCCCUCAGAUGUAUAAAUCUGACAGUGAAGUGUGCAUUUAACAGUGACAGAAGCACUUAGUGUUCAGCCCCACCCCAAACACAUUUUGGUUUGGUGUGUUUUUGUAGUCUCACAUUUCAUAUUUUAUUUCUUGAUAAUACAGGGAAUCUCUAAGGUACCCAAACAUGUGUAUACUGCAUUAUUUUAAGGUGAAUAACCCCUUAUCCACAAUACCUUAAAUUGUUACUUUUUGUCAUAGUGAAAACUUCAUAAAUGAUUAUUUGUGCUGUUUUUCAUUGAAGUAAAAAAAGUUUAAAUAACAAAUGGUGUGGGCAUGGGUUUUAAAAGAUCUGUGUUCACGAGAAUGCAAAAACACAAAAUACUGGUUGUUUGGCAAGAGAAGCAACUAAAAUAGUUGUCACACAUUAACACAAAUACUAUCAAAAAGAAGUUAUGAUGUGAUGUGAUGAUACGGAAACUUGAUGCAACAUAUAAAAUGGUUUGCUUCUCAACAGCACUCCACUUGGACAAAUGACAGUCUUUGUAUUCAGACUUGUGAUAAUUGGUGAACAUUGAAAAAUAUUAAUGUAAUUUAAAUAAAAUACAACACAUAAUCUGGUGUUUGUCUUA